UCUCUUCCGCUCAACAUGGCGGCGCAGCGCAGGAGUCUGAUGCAAAGCAAUCAGAGCUGGACGGAUGAUCUUCCUCUCUGUCAGCUGUGUGGUGUGGGUUCGUCUCCUAACUGUGUGUACGGCCCUGACGGCAAAGGGACCCAGAGUCACCCGAACGAAGACGGACACUUCCGCUUUAGCACAGAGUCCUGCUUCCUGUACGGUGUGUUUAACGGGUUCGAGGGCAGCCGUGUGGCCAGUUUCGUGUGUCAGUGUUUGACGGCGGAGCUGCUGCUGGGUCAGCUGAGCAGCGGGGACACGGACGCAGACGUGCGCAGGAUACUCACACAGGCCUUUGAUGUUGUGGAGAAGAGUUACUUCGAGACCAUUGAUGAUGCUCUGGCGGAGAAGGCCAAUCUGCAGACACAAAUGCCUGAGGGUGCUUAUCUGUCUGCGCAGACCCAGAAGAUAGCAGAGCGUCUGAAGACUUUAGAGCAGGAGGUUUCAGGAGGAGCAACAGCGAUAGUGGCCCUCAUCCUCGAUAACAAACUCUACAUCGCUAACGUAGGCACUAAUCGAGCGCUUCUGUGUAAAACCACCAGUGAUGGUCAGAAUCAGGUGAUCCAGAUCAGCCGAGCACACACCACUGAUAAUGAAGACGAGCUGACCAGACUCGCACAACUGGGUCUGGAUCCGGUGCGCUUGAGACAGACGGCAGUGAUCUCAGGUCAGAGCAGCACUCGCCGCAUCGGAGAUUAUAAAGUCAAGUUCAACUACACAGACAUCGACGUGCUCAGUGCAGCAAAGCAUAAGCCAAUCAUCGCAGAGCCUGAAAUCCACGGCGGCCAAUCACUGGCGGGCGUGACGGGCUUCUUGUUGCUGAUGUCAGAGGGCCUGAUCAAAGCCCUGGAGGCGGCACACGGACCGGAGCAGCUCAACCAGGAGGUGGUGGCGAUGGUGGCGGCGGAGCUGGCGCAGCAGGGCAGUCUGGAGGCGGCGGCGCAGGCGGUGGUGGAGCGGGUGAAGCGUCUGCAUCAUGAUGUGUUCGUGAGCGGCAGACAGAGGGCGCAACACUGCGCUCACCAUGAAGACAUGACCCUGCUGAUCAGAGUCAUCAACUACACCCUCGCUGACGGAUCGCUCACACCCACACAAGGAGGCCGGAUCUACCCAGUGUCUGUGCCAUACUCAAACCAUCAGAGCACCAGUAAAACCAGCGUGACUCUGUCUCUGGUGAUGCCGGCUCAGGGAACGCUGACCAAUGGCUCCAGCACCUCCUCCACACUGGAGGGAGACACGCCCACUGCUGGCAAUCAGAGCCCCUCGACGACGCUGCAGUCGACCAACACACACACGCAGAGCUCCAGCUCCAGCUCGGGGGACGGCAGCCUCUUCCGGCAGAGGAGCAACCAGGCAGCGCAGCCGGACGAGACGGGCCGCGUGCCGCCAUACGUGGACUUCACCCAGUUCUUCCGGCUCUGGGGGAAAGACCACAACGACAGCCAGACCCUGAGCGCAGAGCUAGGGCCGCAGUGAGCACACACGCACAUCUCUGACUGUGUGAAUGAAUGGAGCUGGACUGACUCUAUAAAAGGGAAGAGACUGUGUUCAUCCACGGUGACGUUUGCUUAUUACUCUUGAGUUUUUAACCCUUCACGUUCUCUGAGCUUCUGUCCUUCUUUCUGCUUGUGUGACGUCUGCUUCAUGUGAGGUCACCGAGAGCAGUUCUGCAGUCGUCUGUCUGUCUGUCUGUCUCUGUGUGUUGUUAUGUUAUUGGAGUUUUAGUGCCUUCCUAUAAUGAACAUAGCUUGAUUAAAUAUCUGAAACUGGA